AUGAAGACGGUUAAAUACAGUAUUUGUGUCAUGGGAGCUGCAUUGGUUGGAAAACAAGAAUUUGCAAAAGCAGCAACAGAGUUAUUUGAUGGUAAAAUCAUUCAGGUGAGACCUGGAGCAAAUAAGUAUAUAUUUACUGUGGAAUUCCAAAAUUGUAAAUAUGAAUUAUCCAUGAUCACUCUCUACGACACUGGUUUUACAACAGAAGAAAAAGAGGAAUUAAAGACACACAUUGAUGGAUAUUUACUCAUGUAUGACGUCACAAACAAAUUCUCAACAGAACGUGUCAAGAAUUACAUGAAAUUAAUUCUUCAAUUAUUGGAUCCUCAUUCACCUUUAUUGGCAGAGAUGAAUAAGAAUUCAUGGCAGAAUGUGCACAAAAAAAAGAAGGAAUCUCAAAAACAAGGAGUGACAUCGAACACACGAAAUAGUGUGAAUGUGAUCAAUAAUGGAAAUUCUCCAUCUUCAACAAUAUCACCCUCUUUGGAUUCCACAAAUCAUUCUUCCACCACAAAUUCAGAGAAUUCAAUGAAUCCACAAACAACCAUGGUUGGUGGCGGUGACAUGAAUGAAAUUUCUAAUGGUCAAUCUCAUACUUCACCACAUUGUGUGUGCCCAUCUUCUCCUGAACAACCUUACGUGAAUACAACUUCCAACCAUGUGUCAUCAAGAGGUUCUUCUUCCUCUAAAACACCAUCCACAACACCUGUGGUGACCUCACCAACAACAGCAACCAAUGCAUCCUUAAUGAAUGGUGCUUCUAAUAAUAAUACGGCCAUUUCUACCAUGAAUACUUCUUCGACCACAUCGAAUUCUAUAAUUACGAACACUCCAACAACUACGACAAGCUCCACAACGACAUCGACCACCAUUUUACCAGUAAUUAUUAUUGGAAAUAAGUGUGACGUGAGUGAUGAGGAGAGAGAGGUCGAUACAAAAGAAGGUUUGAAAUUGAGUGACUAUUUAGGAUGUCCUCUUGUGGAGACGUCAGCCAUCUUUAAAAAGAAAGGAAUUGAAAAUGCAUUUAUUGAACUCAUCAAAAGGAUCGAUAAGGUUCGUGAUGAGAAACGCAAAUCUUUGGCACGUACAGCGAGCAUGGCCAGUUCUUCGGUGGCAGAUGAUUCCACCAUUGACAGAAGGAAGAGUAUUUCAGCCAUUUUCAGCUUUGUUAGCGUUUCGACCUCUGACCAUGUCAUGGAUGACUAUCAACAAACAAAGAGAAUGAGAGAACUGAGGAAACAACAGUUGGCCUCAAACAGUAACAAGUAA